AAUGUCUGUUUCUGUUGAAUUACUAAUAACUAAAGCAACCAACAACAAAAUAUGUUUUUGUUUUGAAAUGACUGCCUAUACGAAUAAAACUCAUGCGCAUUUGAAAAUGUGCGGCCAAACCAUUUUCAAAACGAGUUUCUCAAUAUCGAACAAAGUGUCGAAGGAAAAUAAACGGAAAACUUUGCGUUAAAGCUAACAACUCUGUUCAAGUGAAAUGAGUUCCCAACUAAGACAAAACUACCAUGUAGAGUGUGAAGAUGCAAUUAACAAACAAAUCAACAUGGAAUUGUAUGCGAGUUACACCUAUCUGUCGAUGGCAUACUAUUUCGACCGGGAUGACGUUGCUCUGGCCGGUUUGCAUAAAUGGUUUAAAAAAGCCUCGGACGAGGAACGAGAACAUGCCAUGAAGUUCAUGAAAUAUCAGAAUAAACGAGGCGGAAAAGUGGUCUUGACUGAUGUCAAAGCUCCGAGGAACGAAUGGGGAACGGCACAGGAGGCGAUGCAGGCUGCACUGGAAUUGGAGACUGAAGUGAAUGAGAGUCUCCUUCAAAUUCAUCGUACAGCGACCGAUAAGAAUGAUGCCACUUUGUGCGAUUUCUUGGAAAGUGAGUAUUUGCAGGAGCAGGUCGAUUCGAUGAAAGAGAUUUCAGAUUUUGUAACCAAUUUGAAGCGGGUUGGCGAAGGUUUGGGCGUCUACAUGUUCGAUCGUCAAUUAAACGAAGAGGAUAGCCACUGAAUUGUUGUCGUCCUGCUUUUUUUGUGAAAAUGUUGCUGUGAUAGA